UUAUUGCCUCCUCUUUUACCGGAACACUCUGGUCGUAAAUGUCUUGUAUUGGAUCUUGACGAAACAUUAGUUCACAGUUCAUUCAAAAGUAUUCCAAAUCCUGAUUUUGUUGUCCCGGUCGAAAUAGACAACCAAUUUCACAAUGUCUAUGUAUUAAAGAGACCCGGCGUGGAUGAGUUUAUGCGCAAGAUGGGCGAAAAGUACGAGAUCGUGGUCUUCACGGCUAGUCUGUCAAAGUAUGCUGAUCCUGUAUUGGAUAUACUUGACAUCCACAAAGUUGUGACCCAUCGCUUGUUCAGGGAGUCUUGCUUUAAUUACAGAGGAAGUUAUGUCAAGGACUUGUCACAAUUGGGUCGAGAUCUUGCAUCGACAAUCAUCCUAGACAACUCACCCACGAGUUAUCUAUUUCACACCACUAAUGCAGUCCCGGUAUCUACCUGGUUCAAUGAUCCACACGAUACUGAAUUAGUGGACUUAGUCGCGUUCCUCGAAGAUCUUACCGCCAUGGAUGAUGUGACAGUAAUAUUAGAUAGCUCCAUUGGCACCCAUCCAGAAGUGUAA